AUGUCUCUCGCCAAUACUCCCGUCACCAGGUUGAUGGUUGUGGGCAUAGUCUCGACAUCGAUCCUGGCUAGCGUUCUCGAUGUCAAGUACUAUUUCUAUAUCCUCAUCGACACGCAUCUCUGGCGAUAUCGUCAGCUAUGGCGGUUGCUCGGCUACCAGCUAUGCUACACAAACUCUACAGAGGUACUCUUUGGUACCAUGACACUGUACAAUAUGCGCAUUGUUGAGCGCAUGUGGGGGACGAGAAAGUUUGCUUCCUUCAUCGUCGUUACAUAUCUCCUGACCUCGAUUGUCUGCCCCAUGAUCUCGACCGUCCUGCGACCUUUGACUUGGGGCUUGACCAACUACGUACCGGCUGGCCCUACCGCCAUUAUCUUCGCCGUGCUUGCACAGUAUCACGCAAUGGUGCCACACAUGUACAAGUACCGAAUAGCGACAUCGGCAGCGCCUCCGACCGACGACGAAUUUCGAGGCGUCACGUUGUCCGACAAGUCAUACCGCUACGCACUUGCGCUGCAUCUGUCCCUGCUUCAGUGGCCAGGCUCAGUGCUGGGCGCUUUGGUGGGAUGGGUCGUGGGCUACUCCUAUCGCGAGGGUAUUCUUCCUGCUGGGCUCAUCAGAUGGAGACUCCCCGGUUGGGUGCUGGGCUUGAAGAGCCAUCGCAGCAGGACUGAAUACGAAGGACUGAGGAGGAGACUGGAGGGACAAGGCGACGCUGCGACGGCAUCCGGGGCUCAGGGGCCUCAAGGUGAGGGCCAAGCCGAGAGGCGGCGGACCAUGGGCCAGCAAUUCAUGUCGCAAAUCCGGGAAGCCUUAUAA